AUGAUGCCGAAUGUUCGAACUAAGAACAUUUACGAAGCUGUUAUGCAUCGGCAAAAGAUGGCUGAGGCCAAAAAACAAUGCGAACAGAUAGAAAAUAAAAGGUUCUUUCAGGAUUCUGAUGUUAGAGCACGCCAGGAGAAGCGGUGGACCUCCGAAACUUCCUUUAAUAAUAGCAUGAUGGCCUACCUACUACCUGAUAAGGAGACCGUUUUAAGUAAUUUGGAGGCCAGAAAAAGCAAACUUAGAUCUUUACUGCGGAAAGAGGCCGACUUUUAUGAGAAAGCUAUAAAUCAGUCACCAAGGACAAGGGACUGUGCGUACUCAUGCCUGAGGAACCAGAUUGAUGAAGUGCUGCAUAAAAAUGAAUGUACCGCAUCCGAAAAUGAACAAUUCUCCACUAAACGAUCACUUGUUACCAGUUUGCACAAUGGAAUGGCUGAGAAACUAGACUCAAUGAAUGGGCAAAGUGAAAAUGCGGUGCGUGAUUGGUACUUUGAAACCUGUAUUAAAAUGAGUGACGGUGAGGCUUCUGGCGCAGUCGAAUCAAAAACUGUGGUUUAUGACAGCCACAGAUCCGAUGGGCGUCAACGCGAUGUUGCAUUGCAACGGAAGCUGGAUGAACUGAAGCAGUUUGAAAGAGAAACUGAAGAAUUAGAAAGAAUAGAAAAGGAGGCUUUGGAGGAUCAAAAGCUUCUUCAAAGGCUAGCAACGGAGAGGCUGGAGACCGAUGAGACACGACGUCAGCGACGCUUCGAGAAGGUACUUCUGCGACAACACACUGCAGCACUGAUUCGACGUUCUCGUCAGGUGCAAACAGAAAUCACCACUGAUUUGGCCUGGAUUGAUCGCCUGCUCGCCUUUGAGGGUGAGGAGGAGGGGAAAGCGGAGGGGGAAGGGCCGAGAAGUCGUAUCAAUGUUGUUAAGGAAAUGCUUGAAGAAGAUUUACGCCAUGAAGCGCGACGGGAAAGGGAUAUGGACGACAUGCUAGCUUCUGAGGCAGCGGAAUUGGCGAAAAGGAGGGAGCAGAAGUGGAAAUGCCAGGAAGAGGCUCGUGAGAGACUUCUCAAUGACGUGCUCUCCAUGUGUCAAGACCGCGUCGACAGUCGCUUACAAGCCCUAAAACAGAUGAAAUUGGCACGAGCAGAGCGUCACGAGGCUCUGAAGCGUGAAAUCAACGCAGCCGAGUUGCAGUGGAAACCUCCAUUUCAGAUGGAGCAGAGCAAUGACAAGGACUGUGAUAAGUUAGUAAAAACCGAGGAGGCCAACAGCCGUAGCAGCCAUGCUGAAGCUGUCUUCGAGGAGACGCUGAGGAAGGAGGCCGAAAAACUAAACAUCUCCGUAGAUGAACUGAAGAAGAGCUCUGAAGACCAUAACAAGGCAUGCCAGCAAGACAGAAGGGUUGAGCUUAGCAUUCGGAAGGCCUGGACGCCUGAAAGAUGCAACAUCUGCAUUGGCGGUGAUGUUGCUGCUGCUGACGGCUGUGCUGCCGCAGAAACAGUGAAAGCGUCUGCUUUGGAGGCGCUCGAGGGUGCUUUCGCGCACCUGUUUCGCAUGCACAUACACACACACACAGGAUGCACGUCCGCACCAAGCCCGCAGGCCAUUGGCUCGUCCAUGCAGUGCGUGCGUGCAUGCAAGGGCGGCGGGCAGGCGGGCAUGUGGCGAGUGUCAGUCAUGCUCAUUGUUGAGCUUCGACACCUACCCCUCCCCUCUUCCGCCCCCUCCACAUGCACAGUUGUGGCGCACCAUUGUUCUAGACGCGGUCUUCGGAGUUUGCUGGUCACCUCCAACUGGAAUCACCACGAUGGCGAUGAGUACAACGUUAUUGAGUUUAAACUGGCGCGCAGCCAGGGCUUGGGCGGCGGUUGGAUGAUUGCGAUUGCAAACAAGUCACUCCCUCCUUUGGAAAGUGGCUUUCCUUGCUGGCUGGAGAAUGCACUAAAUUAUGCCCAAAAUUUGGUGGAGGUAUGCGUGCUGCGCUCACAAACUGUCAUAACCUGUCAUCAGCAGUUGGGGGAGGAGGGACUACUCCGAGACUUUCUCCCCACCCCUACUACCUCACAGGUGAAUGGUGAGGAUGUUCAGAAUUGCAGCCACGAGGAAGCUAUGGAAGUCUUUCAGCGAGCUCCCGACCCCGUCAUUGUAGUGGAGGUGAUGCGACGUCCCCAACCCUCAUCCACCACCUCUCCUUCCGUUUUCCCCACCCCACUGGUGGGCGGAGGCGGAGGGCUGUGUAGUAGCGGUAGUGGACCGGGCGGAGCCGGCGACUCCAAUAGCGAGUUGAGCAGUGUCCUCUCGACCCGACGCGGCGUCGGUGGUGGAGGAGGUGUUUGUAGCAGCAGCGGCGCCACACGUUCCGUUGCAGUUCAGACCGUCUUCAGCGCAGGCGAAAUGGCCGCAUCAUUGGCGAUUGCGGCGGCCUCAUUUGCCCAACAGGAGGCGCGGAUGGCUCUGCUCGGUGAAUCUGCUUCCUAUGGCAUGCCGGGAAAGUAUCCAGCAGACUACCUACUUGGCGUCUCUGGGGCUGGAGACGGAGUGGAGGAUGAAGAUGGCUUGGAGGAAGAAGACGAAGAGGAGGGAAAUGCCGAGGAUGUCGAUGAUGCUGUCUUCGGUGUUGAUGAGGUGGGAUGCCUGGACUACAUCCUCAAACAGUAUCCCUGUAGUACAAAUGGUGUCCUACCAUCCUUCUGUCACCCUUAUGUCUUCGCACAACCAAUCGAUUCUGUCUACGCAAAUUUUCCCGAAAAUCCCGCCUCCUCUUCCUUCGCUUCUGGCAACCUGCCUACCGGAGAAUAUGUUACCGAGAAAUGCUUUGAGGUGAUCCUGCAGAAACAAUCGGCCUCUGAUAAGUUCGGGCUAACCCUGUGCUAUCGGCCCAGUGAGGUUCAACAAAAUUUCACGGAGGUGUACAUCAGCGAGAUCGAGCCUGGAAGCAUAGCUUACCGGUCCGGUCAGAUCAUGUUGGGUGAUCGAGUGGUGAAGAUCGGAGAUCAGGAGAUCACCUCACGGGAGCAUGUGAUGGAUCUCUUCCAGGGCUGUGGACUCUGUGCCAGGAUCACCCUUAUGCGACAAUCCAUGUGGAAACAAUCGUUGGGUCGUCUACAGCUCGCCUACCCCACCCACCCCUAUCCCGACUCAACCCUCGAUAUUGGCAUCACCAAUGUUGCUUAUGCUCACUUACCGGAUCAGGAUUCUGGUAUGGGCAGAACAACGGAUGACAGUGUGAGGACUGAAGAGAGCUCUGAGCAGGCAAGUUUCUCCUUGAAUCCUUGGAUUUUCUCUCCUUGGAUGAUAAUUGGGUCCGAUCAUUCGUCUCAGGAGGCAGAAGAACACAAAGCGCUGUUGAUGAAUGCCUGGCCCCUCUUCGACCCCACCGUCAGCAAUGCUGGGAGCACUAACCAACCCCUUCCCCCUACCACUACCACUACGGUCGCCUCCAGCACUGCUGCUGCCGCCACCGGUACCGCCACGGGCCUAGCGCAGGCGGCAGCAGCGGCCUUUCUGACCUCUCCGACCAACACCCAUCUCCUCGAUAACGAGCUGAUUCAUUUGAGUCAGUUAAUGCAGUCGCUCGCUAUGCACUGUCACAAGUUAGCCUACGUCAAGAUGUGUGGCGGCUUGCAGCCUAAAGAAGGGUGCGCUGCUGUGGCGGCAGCGGAGGCGGAUGGACCGGAGUUAGGGGUCGGAUCGGUGCCGACAGCGGAAAGGGAGGGCUCAGGUGAUGGCGACAGGGGAACUGAGGAUACCUCGCCUAACAAAGCGCGCCAAACUCCAAGAAUGGGAUUGGGAGCCACCUCUUCAUCCCACAAGGCCUCUUCUGCUAACGGCAUUGUAAGGCCCAAAGGACCCACCGAUGCGUCAGCCUUCAGUGGAAGUGACUACUACGAGGCAGUUGUGAUGCCAAAGCAGCCAGAAAAUCCCUUAACACUCUCUCUAUCCCAUCACCAACCUCCGUCCACCCAUCUUUCCGCCCCCUUUGACCUUGACAUGACAGUGCCUCAGGCGAAAGGUCACGCCUCCAUGCCACCCACUAAUCCUUCCUCCAUCUGGUCGAUAGCAGAGACUGACAAGGAAACGGCAUUGGCUCAAACCCCGGCCCGAUUCAAUGUCGCGACGCCAUUCUUGCAUCGAGGAAGCAGAUCUGGUCUUGUUGGAUCAACUAACAGCUGUGAGAGGCAAGAAAGCAGCACGAGUCUGGGAGAGAUUGUCAGUACUAAACCACCUAUUCAACCGUCAACUGGAGGUAGCCUGAGCGGUAGCAAGCUCUCCUGUGUCUCUUCUAUCUCUGCCACCUCCUCUUCCGCCGCUGCCGCCUCCACCGCUCCCAACGCCCCCACUUCUCAUCCGCAGCGAGGAAUGACCACCACGUACGAGGGUCUGGCUACCAAUCCCGCCUACAUGAGUGCGGGCAUGUUUCUCCCACACGCCUUCCUGCACCACCACCAUCCCUACGAGUUUUACGAUCGAAACUUCAAAAAUGGCCUCCAACCACCUCCGCCCCCCCCAACACCACCGCCUCCUCUUCUGCUACCACCUGCACCUGCUGUUGCUGCUGCUGGGAUGAUGCCAAACAUACGAUAUUCCACACCACCGUGGCCUCAGGGUUGGAUGUACUCGGGGAAACUUGAAGCGAGUAGAGAUGCGUGCAAGGAUGACACAGCCUCCUCCAAUAUAUAUGAGACACCCUACGCGGCCGUGGACGUGGUGGGCGCCUCCAAGAUACCCGAUGAUGCUAACGACAACGGCGGCGUCUGCUUCACCUCCUACGGCGUCAUCAACGCCACCUGCGGCAACGGGGAUGGUGGUAGCCAUAUCAACCGAUAUGCCGGCCUUGGAGAGACACAGGCUCAAGUGCGGACGCAGAAUCGACCGCUGAUGGAGUGGGUGGUGAAGAAACGCACUGAUGGCACGCGAUAUAUCACUCGUCGACCGGUCAGAAAUCGUCCUAUCAAGGGACGUACUAGUCAUCAUCACGCGGAAGAGCGAACGAGUGGUAUGGCAGACGACGACGGUGGCGGGGAGAUGCGAAGCAAAGGCGCUGCGAUGGUGAGCAACCGACACCAUAGCAAAGGCGGCGGCUGUGAGCGCAGACGACAACAAGAGGGAUGCACGAGUUCCAAUUCUGCGGGGCGAGAGGGCGGUCGAGCGCCACGCGGCUCCAGUGGGCACCGACAUCGGGGGACACCGACGCAGCAGUCUCAACAACAUCGGCCUACUAGCAGCGGAGACGUCAGCCAUGGUUUCUACUCUGCCCCUACUCCUCCUCUCUGUGUCUCGGCAUUUCCUGAAAGAAUCAUGCCUCCGACAAACAUGCACAUCAGCGUUGGUGUGAACAACACCCCAAUAGCCAUGAUUGACUGA